CAUUCCUUUUUCCUUUUUGUUGCCUUCUCUAUCUGCCAUCCUGGCCCCAUUUUGCACACACACUCACUCACAUAGCUCCCGCGACGUUACAAUACUGGGACACGCAUUGUCCUCCUCCGGACAUGGUUUCAUCUCUUCUUCGUUCCCUGAUGAUGCCUCUUUCCUUCAUUGUGCACGGCUGCUGCUGGAUGUGCCGAGGCGUCGUUUCUGGCGGUGGCCAGCGAUGGGAGUAGUUCACUGCCAUCGGCUUUUCCUCUCCUGCUGAUCCGUUUCGUGAGAGGUUUCGUGCUUGUGAGCUUUCGCGUGGGGGCGUGCGGUAGCGGUAGAGUAGGGCGGGAUUGAGUUGCGGUAGCCAUGGAACAGCAGGCGGUGGGUAACUUAUCGCCCACGCCGCCGACGUCCAGUGCGUCGACGGGGAGUUUGGGAGGGAGUGGGAGUGGGGCGCCCCUGGCAAGCACGGCGGACUCGUUCGCGCACGGUGGGAGCGUCAGCGGGGAAAAUGCUAACGCUUUGCCGCCGAGGCGUCGCCUGGGAAAACUUGCGGUACGUGCUGCGCAGACAGAAACGAAGAGGGAAGGUUUAGGAGGACCACCAGGCUUUGGGAUAGCUGCGAGUCCGUCUCCAACACUCUCAAGUCCUGCAGCCCCCAACUUGCCCAGUGGCACUGGCAUUGGCGGUAUGGGGACUCCAGGGGUUUUUAGAGAGAGGGUGUCGCUGCGGUCGUCAGGAAAAGAUUUAGCUGGUGACCCCCAUGGAAUUGGCGGACCCUCCAAACUUGGACGAUCACCGCACAUGAAUAGCACGGGGUCACUGGAAGCUCGUCAUUUAGGCCGUCGUCCCGAGGUCAAUAUGCGACGGCAUGAACCACCGGGGCAAUCUCAAAAGUACGCUGCUGAGCAACAAGCCAAGCGAGCUGCAGUCCAGCGUCAACAGACGUCUGGGUCUGUUGGAAACUUCAAACAGUUUGAUUCUUCACAUAAUAACUACCUCGUUCCAGUCAUACCUAUCCAGUUUGCUGCGAAGCAGUCACUGCCUUAAAUUUCCUCAGCGUAUGAAUUCCCAAAGUUUUUAAGCAGAUCAACCACAAUUCAAAUAUGAAUUAUGAAUACCUCACUGUAAGCCCUUACAGCCACAAGCAUAAGCAACCCUCAACCAAAUGUAUCGAGUGUCGGCUUAUGAACUUACAGAGCUCUACUUGUAUGACUUUACGUUUAAAGCUAUAGAUACAGAGGAACAGAACUGGAAACUCAUCCGAUGUCAAGUUAUGUAGAUAUGCGAAACUUACAAUUGAGCUCACUACCUGGGAAGGCUUGUGCCAGUAGAGAGGUAAUCCAUGCCCAUCCUAUUACUGGACGUUUCUGAACUCUAGUUGUGUGGUUUCAUUACACUGAGACUUCUUUAUUUCAUCUUAAAGUGAGUUAAAGAUCAGCCGUUUGAUAGGGAAUUCGUUUGGUGGUACAUCAUCAGUAUGACGCUUCAUCCACUUAUUGAGUGUCAACCUGAAGGAUUCAUACGUGGACAAUUUGCAUUCAACAUUGUGAAGGCACAGGCCACACUCCUGUUCAGAUCCAUUUAAGGUUCGACCAAAUCUGUGGAAUACUCAGUCUGGGUGGAUGAGAAGGAAUCAAUUAUUUAA